AUGAGGGAUCAAGGAUUUACACCUACUGCGAUUCAUUUAUUCCUACACCCCACAACAAUUAUGAGAAGAACACUGCGAUGCAGACGUCAAGAGAACAGGAUAGGUAAGACAGUAGAAGCUGUUGAACAAGCCGUUGGGAAUCAAGAGUUUCCUCGUCCCCAGUCGAAUAUUAUAUAUUAUUUUUUAGAACUGCGAAGUCCUCCGAUCCACAGGGACAACAACGCCCAUGAACAAGAAUACCGUUGGGCAUCUGGCUGGUCGAGCGGACUUGAUGAAGAACACGAUUGA